GUCCGCCAUCGCUACGGUGGCUGCCGCGGGCCACGCCUCUGCCGUUCCGCGAAGCUGCUGGCGGCCAGCAUGGAGCCGGCGGAGCGCACGGAGGCCGGGGGCUGCGCGGCGGGGGCCGGGGCCGGGGCCGGGGCCGGGCCCGGGCCCGUGUUCACGCUGGAGGAGGUGGGGAAGCGGAACUCGAGCCGCGAAGCCUGGCUGGUUAUCCACGGGCGCGUCUACGAUGUCACUCGCUUCCUGGAGGAGCAUCCAGGUGGAGAAGAGGUUUUGCUUGAACAAGCUGGUAGAGAUGCCACAGAGAGCUUUGAAGAUGUCGGGCAUUCCACAGAUGCCAGGGAAAUGCUCAAGCAGUACUACAUAGGGGAGAUCCACCCGCACGAUCGUAAAAAAGAAGGUUCUAAGAAUCCAAGUAUGACAUCCUCAGGCCAAGCAAGUUUCUGGUCAACAUGGCUAAUCCCCAUCUUCGGAGCACUGGUCAUAGGUUUAAUGUAUCGCUAUUACAUGCUGGAUGGGAGAACCUCUUGAAGUGACCUUGCUGGGACCUCAGAAAGCCUGAAAGAAGAGGGUGUGAGAGAGCGCGCAUGCAUGCAACACGCGGUGUUCUGCGUCCCUUACCCUUUUCUGCCUUGCUUUUAGCUGUGAGUCUGUCAAGCGAUGUCGAUAUCCAUGGGACCAAGCUAAUACCGACCUCUCUCUACCCUAACUCUGGACCCGCAGACCUGCUGUACUUCCCUCUCGACUUCCCGGUAUUCUCUUACAUUUGUGUGUGGUCUCCCCCGCGUGUGUGUCCUCGUGUGCGCUCUCUCUCUCGCUCUCUCUCGCUCUGAAGUAAACCACAGACAACCUUUUUCUUUCAAUGCCUUUUCGUUAAGCCAGACAACGUGAAACAGCUGCUAGUGAGCCUGUGGAUUUGCCGCAGUCCUUCACGUAGCAUUGUCAGAAAUAAGCUGCAAGUUGUCUACGGUCCUUUCCAGAAAAGACGUCCAGAGAUUCGGUUCCGCAGCAGAUUUCCCAGUGCAUGCAGGCAACACUAAUCGGAGCAGCAGGAAAUUGUUAGCUUUGCUACCUCUUUCUGUACGUGUCUGUUUUUAACGGUUAAACAAAUAUAAGUAUUUUAAAAGCG